AUGCAGCAACAUAACACACAGCUUCUUGUUGGUAUGGUGAUACAACAGUUCAAAAAGCAUAUGCAUGAGACUGAUCCAGAUAAAAUUCAGAAAUUGAAGGAUGAUGCCUCGAGGGGUCUUAUCAAUCACAUGUUGUAUGAAUCUCAGAAGAUGAAUGACUGGAAAUUUAGUCAGGUUCUUGAAAUCGUCUGCUAG